AUGAGUUAUGAACAGUUAUAUAAUGAAUACACCUUAAGCAGAGCUUUUGAACCUGUUUUCGCUUUGGAAUCUCAGCCAACAAUGGCAAUUGUUGCUAGUUUGAUAUCUUUAGUAUUGGUUUCAUUAUCUAUUCUUGUAAUGAAGUCUAAGAAUCAUUCUAUUGUUGUUAAAUUUAUAAUCUUCUCGAUUAUCAGUGCAAUUGCUUCUUUAUUCUGUGGUAUAACAACAGUAUUCACAACAAACUCAUUUGGUGUCUAUGUUUGA